CCAGUACUUCGACCGUCAAUCGCAAUCAGGAUGAUGCAAUUGCUUUAUUAAUGAAGGAACAAGAAGAGUUGAAGGCAAAAAUGGAUUUGACUGCUGGGGUGCAAAAGAAGAUGGAGUUGAUGGAAGUUGAGGUCCGCUCUCUCAAGCUUAUGCAUGAGAAUGUUGUUCAAGAGGCUGAUACCUGGAAAUGGGAGGCUCUACAUUCAGGGAACAAACGCAGUCAUAUUGCUUUGUCACCCUCCGCCAAGAGUGGAAUGCAGGUUACCCCGGCGUUCGUUGCAGGGAAACGUGCUCUGGGGGAUCCAAGCCGAUUGUGGAACUGCACAAUCUGGAGGUCAACGCUUUGAAGGAAUUAAGGUUGCAAGAAUUGAAUCGUCGGAGGGAAGCAGAACAGCAACUUGCCGAGAUGAAAGAGAAGCUGUCGAAAUUGGAAACGGAGAACCAGAUUCCACGUUCUAAUUUUCGAGAAAGAUUGGAUGAGGCUGGAUGUCCCACCGAAGGACGUACGGGUAAAGGAAAGAAGAAGCCGAGUGAUCCGCUGACGGAAACCAAAGAAGUGCAGCGUGAAGCAUUCAUGAAGGAAGCCAGAAAGGAGUUUCGGAACAUAAAGAAGGACGACGUCGUUGCUAUUUGUGAAAAGGGAGGCAUCAAGUAUUCUACUUUGCACGAGACUGAUGCGGAUAUUAUUGCCAAAGUUGCUGAUGCUGCACUCCCUAAUGAUAAAG